AUGUGUGUUGUCUACUGUGAGACGUGUCCUUCUUCACCAGCUAUUCUACGAUUCAAUGAAAAUUUUGAAAGUUCAUCAGCUAGACUUACAUUUCUUAUGCAUGUCCAACGUACCGUAUCCUAUUUUCACUUAACAUUGUGUCCACGUUUAGGAUGUGUAGCGGUAGUUACAUUAGCUUUUUUUAUAGCAGUAUCUCUGGUGAGAGUUCCGGUUGCUGUUGAUAAAACCAUCCGGAUUUUUGUGGUAUUUAACAUACUUGUGAGAUCUUUUGUGUUUAUAGUGAAUAAGACAAUUCAGAAGCAGGACGCCUUAAAGAGAGCUUUCUUCGGACUUACUGCUAACUUUAAAAAUAUUUGCCCCAUCACGCAUUUCUUAAAACUUAAUACGAAAAAGACAAAAGAGAAAGAGAUGGUAGAGAACGAAAGUGAACAGUCCAGUCUAACAGAAAGCUCUUGUUUGAGUGAGAAAGAAGAUGAAACAGUGAAAAAUGCCGCUUACAAGCUGAAUGAUAAUAAUGUGACUCAAUUUAAGCAAACCAUACUUUCUAAUCCUGCUCGCCACAUAUACUGGAUAACAGGAUACUUACUCAGUUUAUCUAUAUCUGGCAAGGACACUAUUGAUUAUGAAGACGUGGGGAAUGUUGUUCUACUGAAAGUUAUUGGUAGAUUUAGUGGUUGUUAUCUUCUAUUGCAAAGUGUAUUUACAUAUAUAUUUCUAUGGUAUAGGGUACAGCGUAGUUGCAUAUCUAUACUAGUGCUCGAAACUAUCGAUUGCGUAUCAUUCGAACAGGCGCAUAUUCGCACCAAAACCGAAAGGUUGGAACGCUACUCCAUACGAACAAGAUGCAGUGGUUUUUAUGUUGCUUUUGAAGUUUAUGCUAUCGCCGUUUAA